AUCUGGUAACCAAGAACAAGGAAAGAUAUGUCUCUUGUUCCGCCGCUGCUGGUGCCGCUGCUGCUUGUGCAGCUACGACUAGUAUUUGGCAGUGCAGGGACGUGUCAAGCCCACAUUCGAGACGACAUCAGCUCCUUCCAGUCUCCAGCGGACUUGCCAGGAUUCACCCGGAGCGUGUACCAACGGGACCAUGCGCUUAUCACACCCGAGAGCCAAGUUUUCAGUGCUCUUCCCGGAUGGUCUGCAAUUGCCUCCUCUCUCCUCUCUCUCCCAUCUCAUCACUGUUUCCAUCACGUUUCUAGGACCAAUGCUCAAGCAGCUUACCUGGUCACGCCAGCGAUUGGCUCGCAUUUCACCAUGUACAUUGCACGCAUGGAAGCUUCCUCAUCUUCGGCCCCUCCCUUACCGGGUGUUGAGAGGCUUGUCUUUGUCCUCGCGGGCAGCGUUCUCUUGACCACGCACAAUGUGAUGGAUGACGAGAACGAGCUCUCGGUGAACUCGUAUGCGUAUCUCCCACCACAUUUUAACCACACCCUCUACUCAACUGCGCCUGUAACCUUUCUCGUCUUGGAACGCAGGUAUUUUGCAUCACAAGCCCUCGACAACCAGCGUCCCCAAUUCCUCGUUGGAAAUGUCGAUGAUCGUCCUCUUCUUGAAACUCCCGGGGAGGUUUUUGAUCUGCGAAAGUUGCUACCCUCGGACGCAAUCUACGACUUCAACGUCCAUAUUAUGGAUUUCCAGCCUGGAGAGUACUUGAACGUCAAGGAGGUUCACUAUUUUCAACACGGCUUGUUCCUGCUCGAAGGUCGGGGGAUCUACCGGCUCAGCAAUCAGUGGUAUCCCGUGCAAGCAGGCGAUGCCAUCUGGAUGGCUCCAUUUGUCCCACAAUGGUAUGGAGCGCUCGGACGGACGAGGUCCCGAUACUUUUUGUACAAAGAUAUCAACAGAGAUCCUCUCCUGCAUCCUUACGGCUACUGAGAGAAAGAAUGUGGAAAAAAUGUCCCGUCCAUGAUAUCUAGUCGUGUUUCAGAA